CGCCGCGCGGGACGAACGUAUGGUGCGCGAGUGGUGUGUGUGUGACAUGAUGCUGGGCGGCAUGGAUGGCAAGGAGUACGGCGCGCUGCACGCCGCAGCCGCCGCCGCGGGAUACGCUAUGGAGACUGAUCCAAAUGCAAACGCAAUGGGAAGCCCGAUGUCGGGCGCGGGGGGCCAGCAGUACGGCGAGGUGAACCAGCUGGGCGGCGUGUUCGUGAACGGCCGCCCGCUUCCCAACGCCGUGCGCCUGCGGAUCGUGGAGCUGGCUCAGCUAGGCAUCAGGCCGUGUGACAUCAGCCGACAGCUGCGCGUGUCUCACGGCUGCGUGUCCAAGAUCCUGGCGCGCUACCACGAGACGGGAUCCAUCCUGCCUGGUGCUAUUGGAGGCUCUAAACCCAGAGUCACUACGCCUAAGGUGGUGUCCUACAUCAAGCAAUUAAAAGCGAAGGACCCGGGCAUCUUCGCGUGGGAGAUCCGCGACCGGCUGCUGGCAGACGGCGUGUGCGACAAGUACAACGUGCCGUCCGUGUCCAGCAUCAGCCGCAUCCUGCGCAACAAGCUGGGCGGCGCGCUGUACCCCGUGCCGCCGCUCUACCCCGUGCCGCCGCAGCGCUGCUGGCCGCUGCACCAGCCCUACGAUUACUAUGUGUACUUGCAGGGCCGUCAGCACGCGAACGCGCCGCACCUGGCGCACCCGCACCAGCCCGCGCCGCACCACGCGCACGCACAUGCACUUUGACAAACACCCCGCCCGCCCCACCAACCCCCCACACGCCCUGCACAAGCAACGCCAACGCUCACACACACAUCGAUUCCAACGUCAAACAUGACAGCUGUCACGUCAAAUAUGACAGUUCCAAAGUCAAAUGUGACGGCUCCCGCAUCAAAUCUGACAGUUCCAAAGUCAAAUGCGACAGCUGUUCCGCCGAAUGUGACGUCAAGUUUGACAGCAACGAAUGUGACGGCGAUCCCGUUGAGUGUGCCCCACGCUAUGUAUGGGUUUAAUUAUAAUCGAGAGGCAAUGAGCUGACAUCAGCUGUUUGUUAUCAAUAAUUAUUGUUAUAAUUUAUGUUUUGUUUUAAUAUGUGAGCACUAAUAAAAUACAGGUUAUUUUAUAAAUGUGUUUGUAUAAAUUGUCUGGUUCGUAAAAUUGAUAUCAGACCAACAACAUGUCCUUAUCUUUGCAAUGUCUGUUCAUAUAAUUAAUUCUAUUACACUGAUUGUAUCGAUCCGAAUUAAUUAGACUUAUCUGAUUAUAAACUUUAGAUUAUUGUGAAAACAAGAAAUAAUCGAGAAAUGAAUAGUGAAUGUGCGGGCGGGUUAUCGUGGGACGGUGAUACCAUAUUAAUCGAUUGUACAUUUUGAUAAAAGUAUUAAGGGCUUGUACAUAUUAUCUACUGGUGUGUAAGAUUAUUGUUAUAAUGCGUGUAUUGCCACGGAAGUGUGAGGUGAUAGCUAUUUGAGUCAUAUUGUUUAACAGUUAGAUCUUACCAGAUAAAAUAGCACGAUCGACUAUUUGAGUCUUCUUCAAAGAAUUAUAAUACUAAAAUCACAAAUGAUGCUUUUAUUUUGUUAAAAAGAAAUAUACUGGUCCAGGAAGAGUGACAGAAUAAUGUACCGUUAUUUGUGAUGAACGACGUUUUCGUUAGAUAAUUUCGCUAUGAUUAAUAAAUUUUUUAUAUUUUUAUUACUCUUGUUUAAUUAAAAUUAAACGCUAUUCUAAUAAAUUAGCGAAAUCAAGUGGUUUGGCCAUUUUUACAUCUGGUAGAUAACUAGGGACUAGAUUAUAACAUUUUGAGCUAUUACCUGUGUCAUUUUCGAGGCGAGCUGGGUGCAAUUAUGUAUAUAAUAGUUUUAAGUUGUUAAUAAAAGCGAUUAUGGGUACUUAAACUUAGAAUCUUGGCAUAUCUCUUAAUAAUUUAUGUUAAGAUUAUUUUAUUAUAACUUAUUUCUUUAAAUAAACGGUUAGUUAAGGAAUACUAAGUAAAAAGCCUUAAAUAUUUAGGGACUCGAUUAAAUUGGGAUAAAAAUCGUUUGAGUUUGUACUUAUUAAUGUGAAAGUCGUACUUCUUGUAUAUCUUUCAUGUACUUAUAAUUUGACCAACGAACUUUAAGAUUAAAUAAAAUGGCCAAAAAUUGUGAAAAGAAGACCAAUUUUAUUUAAAAUGUGUAUAGUUAUAGUAUUAUGUACUUAUUAAGUUAUUAUUAAGAAGAUUUAGAUUUAAGAAUGGUACUUAUCUACGAAAUAAAACUAUCAUUUAUUUAA